UGGGCGCAGGUAAAAAGCGACCGUAAAACGAAAAAACUCUCCAACCAAACAUUCACACUGGCUGAUAAAAAUUUUUGCCCCGAUGGCUAAAACAAACACGCAGUAUAUUAUGUAGCUCUGCUUGGAGGAAAAGCAGCUUCGGACGGCAAAAAGCAGGUUUUGAAUGAUUUUUUUUUUAUCAUUUAUAUUUCUCGUGAUAAAACAUCCCGCAUUAAGUGAAAAAAGUGGCAGUGGAACUAUAAAAACGUCUAGAGAUUGUGUAACCGACCUCGCUUUGGUCAUAUAAUAGUGUCCCUUUAACCUUAGCAUCGAGAGCCGACCUGGCGCCCAUUGGCUCGUCCGGAGACACACACUCUCUUCUUGCUUGCGUCGUAAAAUUAAAUAUUCUCACUGCCAAGGUCGGUUUGUUGUUUUCCAUCGUUCUUGGCGCGGUCUCCAGUUGCCAAGCAUCUCUUGAAAGAAUACGAAGCCUCAGUUUCCGAAGCAGCAGAAAUGCAGAAAAUUGUCGAGUGCGUCCCGAACUUCAGCGAGGGCCGGGACAAGAAGAUAAUCGAUGCGAUUGCAGAAGCAAUCAGGUCGACCCAGGGUGUUACCCUGUUGGAUGUGGAUCCUGGUCCAUCGACAAACAGGACUGUUUACACCUUCGUUGGAGACCCUGACGCCGUCAUCGAGGGAGCCCUGAACGCGGCUCGCGUCGCUUACAAGCUCAUCGACAUGGCCAAGCACACAGGUGAACAUCCACGGUUGGGAGCGAUGGACGUGUGUCCCUUUGUGCCGGUGCGGGGCGUGGAGCCCGAGGAGUGCGUCUUCUGCGCCACUCGCCUUGCUGAAAAACUGUCGUCCGAGUUGCAGGUGCCCGUCUUCCUGUACGGGACGGCCGCUAGACAGGGCAAGCACCGCGUCACUGUGCCGCAGAUCAGAGGCGGGGAGUAUGAGGGGCUGCAAGAAAAGUUGCUCCAAGAUGAAUGGAAGCCCGACUAUGGACCUAAAAGUUUUGUCAGCAACUGGGGCGCCAGCAUGGUCGGGGUUCGUCCGUUCCUGCUGGCGUACAACAUCAAUAUUCUUGGCACCAAGGAGCAGGCACAUAGAAUUGCUUUGAAUAUUCGUGAACAAGGUCGUGGUUCUGGACAGGUCGGACGUCUGAAAGCUGUCCAGGGCAUGGGCUGGUGGUUGGAAGAGGCGAAUCUGGCCCAGGUUUCGCUAAACAUCACCAAUCACAAAGUCACCCCUCUGCACGUGGCCUUCAAUGAGGUUGUGAAAGACGCUGGAGAGUUGCAAGUGGGGGUCGCCGGCUCCGAGCUGGUCGGGCUGGUUCCUUUGGAGGCACUCUUGGAGGCAGCAAAGUUCUUUAUGGAGAAAGAGGGACUGAUGAUAUUGGAAGAAGACCAGAAAGUGCGACUUGCCAUUUCUAGACUAGGACUCAGUUCAAUAAACCCAUUCGACCCAAAGGAGAGGGUGAUUGAGUACCGGCUGCCCGCACAAGCCGCCCCCCUCACUACCCUCUCGCUCAGGGGCUUCGUGGAGGCGGUCGCCGCACGCACCCCUGCCCCCGGAGGCGGCUCCGUCGCAGCUCUUCUCGGCUCUCUUGGAUGCGGCUUGGUGACGAUGUGUGGCCUAAUGACCUACGGCAAGAAACAAUGGGAUCAUUUAGACCAAACAAUGAGGACUCAUCUGCCAAUCACUCACCUCUCGAUGAAAAAUCUAAUCCCAAUGAUCGACUCGGACUCCGAUGCAUUCAAUCAGUACAUGACCGCCAGCAAAAUGCCAAAAUGCACCGCCGAGGAAGUGGCCGCCAGAGAAAGGGCUUUGUCGGCUGCUUUGGACAGGGCAAUUCAAGUUCCGCUGCAGGUAGCCACCCUCGCCAACGAAACAUGGCCCGUCCUCACUGAAAUCGCAAAGGUUUGCAACAUUCAAACCGCGUCAGACAUGCAGGUCGGAGCUCGCUGUUUGGAGGCGUGUGUUGCGGGUGCCUGGUCGAAUGUGAUAGUCAACCUUGCGUCAUUACCCACGACCAACCCUCGUAAAUCAUCUCUCAAAACCCAGGCUUCGGAGGAAAUGAAAAAAGCUUCUUUUCAUCUUGGUCAGGUCCUGGCCAUAAUUCAAGAAAGGAUGGAAUCUAGCUGAUCAAUUUCAAUUUGUAUACAAAAUGAAAUUCACGCAAUUAUCGUUUAAACUAACAAAACAUACAAUAUUAUGCUCACCCAAAAUCUGUUUGUUUUUCACAGAUUUGAGCAUUAUUUUACUAACAUGGCUUGUAAAUUAUGAAUUUUUUGGUGAUUUGAAAUAAAAAUAAUUAUGUUAUUACAUUUCU